AUGUAUGGAGGUGAUCAGGUCAUUGCUGACUUGAACAAGGAGGAUAAAGAAAAGUUUCUGUCAGAUGAUUUCAAUAUUACAGUGAUCUUUGGAUUGUUAUUCGCCGGCUUUGAGUCAGUCUCGAAAAUUCUGACACUAACUCUCAAGUUGCUAGCAGACCACUCAGUGCUACAGGAACUGAUAGCUGAGCAUGAGGGGAUCCUGAAAAGUAAACAAAAUUCUGAUUCUUUACUCGCAUGGGAUGAGUACAAAUCAAUGACUUUUACACUUCAUGUUAUCAACGAAUCGCUGCAGUUGGGGAAUGGUGCACCUGGACUAUUAAGAAAAGCACUGAAAGAUAUUGAUUUUAAAGGGUUUACAAUUCCGGCCGAUUGGACCAUAAUGGCUGUCGCUUCUGCUUCUCAAUUGAACUCUGACGUGUACAAGGAUCCACUUGCAUUCAAUCCAGGGCGUUGGAAGGACAUUGACCCAUAUCUUGUAUCCAAGAAUUUCAUGCCUUAUGGUGGAGGAACUAGACACUGUGCAGGGGCAGAAUUCAGUGGACCAAAAUCAAGGGAGGACGUGUUGUUCGAGGUCCUACGUUAG